AUGUUCUGGAAGGAGAUGAACUUGUGGAUGCGUCUUCCACGCCACCCAAACAUCGUUCCGUUUGACCGAUUUGUCGUUGACGAGAUUAAGGGUUGCGUGGUCGGAUUCACUAGCAGCUACGUACCUGGCGGCAAUCUAGAGGAGAACAGGCCGCGCGUUUUCAGACUGAAGUGGCUACGGCAGCUUAUAGAUGUCGUAGACGAUCUGAACCUCGAACACGGCAUCGCACACCAGGACAUCGCCCCACGAAAUCUCCUGGUUGACGAGUCGACAGACUUUGUAAUGCUCUUUGACUUCAACUUUGCGGCCCGCAUCAACCAUACUUCUUCACCUGGGGAGGGUGAGAGUUACCUCGAGGACCGGAACGAUAUCAAGGGCGUCAUCUUUACUGCUUACGAGAUCUUCACACAAGACGGUAGCCUCCGGAGUAUGCCUCACGAAGAUCAGAACCUCGACAGCCUCGGAGGAGAUUGGGUGAAGCAUUCGGAUGUGAAGCUAGACCAUCCAGUUGCAGCAUAUAAGCUUAUGUUGCAAGAAUGGCAGGAGCGAAGGGCCGCAGACCUCCGUCCUGUCAAUCCCCGCGAUGUUCCAAAGGCCAUCGACUGGCUGUCCAGGCCCAAGCCACCGCAGGAGACCAUUUCUCUGAAAAAUACACAAGGGCUGCUGUCCCAAAUCACAUUCGAAAAGUGGUACGAGAGGCGGCAAGAUGUGUUGGACAGGGGUGAUAAGGUCCUAAACUGGGAACGGUUGCCGCAGAGAAUUUUAGACAACGGCACUCGGGUACUUUCUAGCGGUGAAGUAAUCAACUGUUAG